AAACGUAAAGGUGCUAGGAUGGAACCCACCAUGAAUGGUCAUACAGUAAAGUAUUGUGAGGGGAAGGAAUUAGGCGUAGGACCGAACAUGGCGACUCUCGAAAGCCGCAGUAGUUCUCUGGAUGACUUACACGAAAAAACGAAGUCCCCUCAAGUCUCCGGACAAAAAGUCCGCGAACUUCUCAAUGAAGGCAUGGCAUCUGACGACGUUACACGGAAUCAGGUAGAUCAGGACCAGGCUACACCGGCAGCGGACCCAAAUGGCACCAGCCAAAGGCCCAGUGAAGCCGUGAGCAAAGAAGGCUUCUUUUCUCGAGUCGAGUCCUACACAUGUAUGAAAUGGGCAGGAAAGCCAAGUGCUCUCUCCCCGCUAAAGUGUGCACGGUACGGCUGGAUCAACGUUGACUGCGACAUGCUGAAAUGCUCCAGCUGCCAGGCCUUUCUCUGUGUGUCACUGCAGCCAACUAGAGACAUUCAGAAAUAUGAAGAAAACCUGUCAGAGUUAACCAAAUUACUACAGUCCCAACAUGAAAAGUUCUGCUUCUGGCCAGACUGUCCAUGUCCAGACCGGUUCUGGAGGGUCCCAAUCAGUGAGCCUGAAGUGCUGCUCAGUAGCUUCCUGGAACGCUUCAGGAGCGCCUGUCUGCUGGAACUGCAGCUUCCAGCAAUGAAGCCUGAGGACCUGAAAGCUAUGUCCUUAACCGAGGAAGCCAUUGGAGUGCUGCUCCAGCUGGUAGAGGAUGAGCAACAAAAAGGUGACUCCCCCCUGGUUCAGCUAAGUGCCGAGCCACUGUCUGUGCAGGUAGCCGCCUGCAUUGUGGCCCUUUGUGGUUGGGCUGCCAGCCCUUCCCUGAGUUCUUUGCACCUGCCCAUUCUCACCUGCUCCUACUGUUUGCGCAAAGUGGGACUCUGGAGUUUCCAUCAAAUAGAGGGUAUGAUUGCUGACACGGAUAGCUCCUUUGAAGCCCCCACCACUCCUGUGUCUGGACAGGAAGUGCGAGGGGACAGACUAACCCCCACCUCCCCCACAUGCCGCAUGAAGCUACGCAGCCAGGACAUCAUGCGCACUCAUGAGCAGAUGGAAUCUAGCCCGUCUCCAGUGAUGGGCCGAAUGCGGAGCAGAGACACGCCCAGCCCUAGUGAAGAGCUGCCCAGCCCAAUGAUUAGGGGCAAAAGGCCUGUCACUCGCAGUCGAGGACAGGGAGACACGGCAGGGCAAGAGGUACCUUCCAGCCCACAGCGGAAAGCCAAGCGUCUGCGGCUUUCCUCCUCCAGCAGUUCGGAAACCUCCAUGCAUAGGGGUGUGUUUGACCCAGUUGCACAGCAUAGAGACUGGUGUCCGUGGGUGACCACAGUUGAUGGGGAUGCCAACAAGGAACUGCAACUUGAUGAAACACAAUCCUCGCUGUUUGACUUGGAACGCCCAAUACAAGGCUGGAGGGCAGCUCUCCAGCUGUUUCUAUCCCUGAAGAGGCCCAUCAGCCCAGCUGGGCCCAGUUCUUCUCAGGGCCUUCAUGACAAAUCCAAGGGAGUGUUUAAGAUCUUUCACCAGUGGCAGCUUUCUUCCUCUACCCAGUAGAUCUGCAGUUUGUAUGCAGUAUUUGCUGUUAAGUCUUUUUUUGUAGAGUCAUUACCUGGUGUCAGAGCUUCACCUCUACCCCUUCCUUCCUAUACACUUCCCUUUUGGUGAACCAUAAUUUCUGUCUGAAAAAGAGGAGAUUGUGUGUCAUACUGGUUGCAUCAAGUGUGCCAGAGCAGCAGUUCUGAACAUAGGCCAAAACAGUGCUUGUUCUAUCGUACUAUUUUAACAUGUGGACAGUUUUCAUUUUUCAGGAUCCUAAGACCAUCUCAGUUUAGGCAGAGUUAAGGGGGAGAGAUUUUAUCAACUAUACUGUACCAAUAAGAACACAUACAAUGGACUGAAUGUGUAAACGGCAGACGGAAUGAGAAUUAAGUGUGUAAAACAAGGUUUGAGGAGAAGUGUGCAGAGACUAGAAAGCACAGAGACUGGAGAUAGUUGUUUACAUUUUAUGAAUUGUUGUAUACUUUUUAAACACUGAAGUGUAACUGCUGUUUCAACAACCUAAAUCCAUUUUCUUACUGACCUGAGUCAAAUGUCAGCGUAUAGGAUUGAGCUGUAGACUAAUUGUUUGCAGGAGUUAACUCUUUCCUAUUGCAUAUUUUCCUUUUGUGAAAUCUAUUUUGAUUAGAA